CGUUUUCGAAGCCCUAGAAAGAUACCCAUUUCUCAUUCCUCCUUUCUUCUCCAUUUUCAUCUGGCUUCCUCUUCCUCCUCCUCCUCCUCCUCCUCCUCCUGUUCCUGAAAUUCUCAUCUCAAAAUGUGAUUCCGAUUGGACUUAUGUUUCUUCACGCUUCGAUUCCAAUUUGUUUCGAUUUUGAAUCUGGAAUUUUCAGGUCUGGAGCCAUUGAAGAGGAAGCCAGAUAGAACACUCGAGGAUCUUCCUUUCAUUUCUUGCGGAUCUCGUAAAUGACGUUUUGAAACGUGUUCAGAUUUCCAUUUUUUUUUUUACUUGAGCGUUAAUUCUUGUUUUCUGGCUUUCUGUGGUUUAUAAUCUCAUGAUUUAUAUUUUGUAUUACGCGAAUUUGAAAUUUCAACGAUAAGAAACAGAGAAAGAAAGGAGGAGGAGAACGGUUUUGAUUUGUGAGUGAUUUCAAUGGGGAAGCCGACGGGAAAGAAGAAGGAAAAUGUCGGGGAUAAGCCCGGAAAUGCUAAUUCUAAGCCUCCCCGGCCUUCCGAUCGGAACUCGAAAGCGUUUGAUGAAGAUACGGCCAUCUUCAUUAACAUGUCCCAAGAACUCAAGGAGGAAGGCAAGCGGCUAUUCCAGAAGCGAGAUCACGAAGGCGCCUUGUUGAAAUACGAGAAAGCUUUAAAGCUUCUACCGAGGAAUCACAUUGAUGUUGCUCAUCUCCAUAGCAACAUGGCUUCCUGUUAUAUGCAAUUAGGGAUGGGCGGGUAUCCACAAGCGAUUAACGAGUGCAAUUUGGCGUUGGAGGCUCAUCCGAGGCACACCAAGGCGCUGCUGAAGAGAGCGAGAUGUUACGAGGCAUUGAAUUGGUUCGAUUUGGCAUUGAAAGACCUGAGUACUGUUUUGAGCUUGGAGACUAAUAAUCUCUCUGCGUUGGAGAUUUUGGAUAGUGUCAAGAACACAAUGAGAGAAAAGGGUGUCAAUAUCGACGAGAAAGAACUCGGUUUAACAACUCUAAAGCUGCCUCCUGCAGCACGUUUUCGUAAGAUUGUCAAGGAGAAACUAAGGAAGAAGAAGAAUAAGAAAGUCGAGGAGAAGGUUGAUCAGGUGCCUCAGGUGCCUCAGGUGUAUCAGGUGACUCAGGUGCCUCAGGUGCCUCAGGUGCAUCAGGUGUAUCAGGUGACUCAGGUGCCUCAGGUUAAUCAGGUGCCUCAGGUGCCUCAGGUUAAUCAGGUGCCUCAGGUUGAUCAGGUUAAUCAGGUGCCUCAGGUUGAUCAGGUUGAAGAUAAGGAAGUUACAACGGUUGAGGAAGAUAAAUUGUUCGUCGAACCGGCCAAGGAAAAGCCAGUCUCGAAGACGGUGAAGCUAGUAUUUGGAGAAGACAUAAGAUGGGCGGAAUUACCUACAAAUUGCAGCAUUAAAUUGGUGAGCAAGAUAGUUCGAGACAGAUUUCACAGCUUAAGGGGUGUUCUUGUGAAGUACAGAGAUCAAGAGGGCGAUUUGAUUACAAUCACUACGACCAAAGAGUUAAGGGCAGUUGAAGCAUCUAGUCACUUACAGGGUUCUCUUAGACUGUACAUCACAGAGGUCAGCCCUGAUCAGGAACCAAGCUACAAGGAAACCGAAAACCAGGAGGCGCUCCCAGAGCUUGAUAAAAGAACAACUACGGUCGAGGACUGGAUAAUCCAGUUUGCACGAUUGUUCAAGAACCAAGUCGGAGUUGAUUCUGAUUCUUACUUGGAUCUUCAUGAGCUUGGAAUGAAACUGUAUUCAGAAGCAAUGGAGGACACCGUAACCGGCGAGAAUGCUCAAGAACUUUUCGACAUUGCAGCUGACAAGUUUCAAGAAAUGGCAGCUCUGGCAUUGUUCAACUGGGGGAAUAUUCACAUGUCCAGAGCAAGGAAGCAGCUGUUCUUCCCAGAAGACGGUUCAAGAGAAGUUUUACUUCUUAGGAUUAAGGAUGCAUAUGAGUGGGCAGAAAAAGAAUACAAGAAGGCCGAAAUUCGAUACGAAGAAGCUCUAAAUGUAAAGCCUGACUUCUAUGAAAGCUUCCUUGCACUUGGGCAGCAGCAAUUUGAGCAAGCUAAGCUUUGCUGGUAUUAUGCAAUGGCGAGCAGAAGCAAAAUCGAUUUAGAGUCGAGCUUUUCCUCGGAGGUCUUGCAGCUUUAUAACAAGGCAGAAGACAGCAUGGAGAAGGGCAUGAUGAUGUGGGAAGAAAUGGAGGAGCAGCGCCUGAAUGGACUCUCCAAAAGUGAUAAAUACAAAUCUGAGUUGGGAAAGAUGGGAUUGGAAAGACUGUACAGUGAGAUACCUGCUGAUGAAGCUGCAGAAUUGGCUUCAAACAUGAGAUCACAGAUAUAUCUUUUAUGGGGCACCAUCCUGUAUGAGCGCUCUGUUGUGGAAUAUAAACUUGAGCUACCAACCUGGGAGGAAUGCUUGGAGGUGUCGGUCGAUAAGUUCGACCUCGCCGGUGCUUCCCAAACUGAUAUUGCAGUUAUGAUAAAGAAUCAUUGUUCCAAUGAAACUGCACAGGAAGGUUUCGGUUUCGGUUUCAAAAUCGACGAGAUCGUACAGGCAUGGAAUGAAAUGUAUGAUGCUAAAAGAUGGCAGUUUGGUGUUCCAUCUUUUCGCCUCGAGCCUUUGUUUCGACGUCGGGUUCCGAAACUUCACUUCACUUUGGAGCAUUUUUGAGUGUUUUGUUGUUGAUGGGAGAUGUUUUGAGGCAUUCAAGUAAUAUUUCAGCUUUGAUUGCUUCAAUUUUCUGGUGUUUUCCUUCCCAUGGACAGAAGAUGUUUCAAGUCGUGGUUUGGUUGUUCGUAGUAAUAUUCCUUCAUUCAAGACAAGAUUGGCGAUCCACCAACAAGAAUUAUUUAGGGCGGAGGAGGAUAUUCUAUAAUUAAUUCAUUCUUUAACGAUAUUGAAUAAACAGAAUCAGUUUGUGAAAUUUGAAAAGCUGUUUUGGAAUGAAUCAUAAAGCAAUCAAA